AGGGCUUCCCUGGUGGCGCAGUGGUUGAGAAUCUGCCUGCCAAUGCAGGGGACACGGGUUCGAGCCCUGGUCUGGGAAGAUCCCACAUGCCGCGGAGCAACUGGGCCCGUGAGCCACAACUACUGAGCCUGCGCGUCUGGAGCCUGUGCUCCGCAACAAGAGAGGCCGCGAUAGUGAGAGGCCCGCGCACCGCGAUGAAGAGUGGCCCCCGCUCGCCGCAACUAGAGAAAGCCCUCGCACAGAAACGAAGACCCAACACAGCCAUAAAUAAAUAAAUAAAAUUAAAAAAAAAAAAAAAACGAGGGAGAAAUUUAAGACAUUCCUAUACAAAAUCUGGGGGAGUUCAUUACCACUAGAUGUGCCCUCCAAGAAAUGCUAAAGCGAGUCCAAGUUGAAAUGAAAGGAUGCUAGAUAGUAAGUCAAAGCCACAUGAAAACAUAAAGUUCUCCAGCAAAGGUAAAUACAUGCACACAACUAUAAAACUAUUAUUGUAAUUUUGCUUUGUAACCUCACUUUUUAUUUUCUACAGAAUUUAAAAGACAAAUGCUUAAGAUAUAAUUAUAAAUCUAUGUUAAUGGGUAUAUAAUAUAUAAAGAUGUAAUCUGUGACAUCCAUAACAAAUGGAGAGGCAGAGUUGUAAAUCAGUUUUUGUAUGCAGUUAAGUUGGUAAAAAUUUAAGACAGAUCAUCAUGAUUUUAGGAUGUUAUCUGUAACCCCCAUGGUAACCACAAAGAAAAUAUCCAUAGAAAAUAUCCAAAAAGAAAUGAGGAGGGAAUCAAACUGUGUCAACACAAAAAUAUCAACUCAACUCAAAGGAAAGUAGUAAUGGAGGAAAUGAGGGACAAAAAAAUGAUAUAAGACAUACGGGAAACAAGAUGGCAAAAGUAAGUGCUUCCCUAUUGAUAAUUACUUUAAAUGUAUUAAACUCUCCAAUCAAAAAACAGAUUGACAGAAAGGAUUAAGAAAAAUCAAAGUUCAACUAUAUGCUGCCUAUAAGAGUCUCACUUUAGAUCUAGUGACAUGCAUAAGUUAAAAGUGAAAGGAUGAAAAAAAGAUAUUCCAUACAAAUAGUAACCAAAAGAGAGGAGGAUGGCUCUUAUUUUAGACAAAAUAGACUCAAAAGCUGUUACAAGAUACGGACAUAAUAUCAUGAUAAAAGGGUCAAAACAGCAAGAAGAUAUAACAAUUAUAAACAUUUACACACUAAAUAUUAGAACUCCAAUAUAUAUAAGGAAACACUGGCAGAAUUGAAGGGAGAAACAGCCUACAAUAAUAGUAGGAGACUUCAAUACCCCACUUUCAAUAGUGGAUAGAAAACCAGACAGAAGAUCAAUAAGGAAAUAGAGAACUUGGACAACACCAUAGAUCCUUUAGACCUAACCGAUGUGUACAGAACACUCCACCCAACUACAACAGAAUACACAUUUUUCUCAAGUGCACAUGGAACAUUAACCAGGAAAGAUCAUAUGUUUGGCCACAGAACAAGUGUUAAUAAAUUUAAAAAGAGUAAAAUCAUAUAUCUUUUUCUGAUUACAAUGGAAUUAAACUAGAAAUCAGCAGAAGGAAAACUGGAAAAUCCACAAAUAUAUGGCAAUUAAACAACACACAUUUAAACAACCAAUGAGUCAAAGGGGAAAUUAGAAUAUAUCGUGAAACAAAUGAAAUAAAAACACAACAUACCAAAACUUGUGGGAUAAAGUAAAAUCAGUGCUAAGCGGAAAAUUUAUAGCUGUACAUGCUUAUGUUAAAAAGAAGAAAUCUUGUAGACUAGGUGUAAAGCCAAAGUUCUACCACUCAUAUGAUAUUCUCCUAGGUCCCUGGUCAUGCUUGGGGUGGGCUGGUGCUUCCCAAAUCAUGCAGCAUAAAAGCCCUACAGCUCGGUGGUUGGGUCCCUAAGAAUCCCUCUCCAGCCCUGCUAGGUCUCUGCUCACUGACCUGGAAUGCGAUGGCCCACGGGGAACCUACGCACCUGCUCCAGUCUCCAUGAGUUUUCUCCCAAUGAGGGCUCCUGCAGACACUGGGAGGUGUGAAAACGGGGCUCAUGUGCUUUUAUACAGAGCAAUGCUUGUUUUCACACUCACCGUAUAUGCCAAAGACAACAUUAAGUCAUUUUUUAGCUUUUUAAGGCAUAAAGAGAGUUUGUGGUCAUCCUAUACAUCUCUAAAUAUGCCUGCAUAGGACAAAAAUUAGACACCUACCUGACAACUAUGGUUGACAUUGGAGGCUCCUUUGUGUUUUUAUUCCACAAAUGGCAUUGCUUCCACCCCUGAUUUGCGUUGUUGUUGACUUUUCUUCUCCACAGGGGCAUACUGCUUGGUUUGGGGGUCAGAUUAAUCUCUUUGGGAAAUUGAUGUCUUUCUAAGAUCCUUUCUAAGCCAGAGAAUUCAGAAUUCUCACCUGGUAAUAGAACAAUCGUUAAUACAAUUCAGUGUUCCUUUCCAUCUUUGCAUAGCAAGAGUAAGAUGUCAUUAAUUUGAGAAAGACUAUUUGUGCCACUUAAUCGCUGUUUAGGUCUCUGCCAUUUCUUCAUUCCAAAAAUAGCAGUGAGCAACAUUUAGACCGUAGCCGGGUUCUAGACAUCUAAUAGAUGCACAGCAAGAAAUGAGUGAGUGAACGAACAAAGCAGGUGCGCUCGUACUACCACAGGUACUGACGGUCAUUGGUGUAAUCUCUGCAUGAUUCUCAAACGAACAGUAAGUAACUGGACUACUAUUUUUAUCUUCAGCGAUAUUAACCACACUCUGCACUGACGUCACAUCCACUGCUUCACACUGACCUCAGUUGGCCCCUAACCAAAUCGCCCAUCCUUAGUGAGACAAAGAGCUUGUGCCAGAAUGUAAUCCAGUACACUGCUUCCUUCCUUCAUUAAAACCAUCUUCUCCAAAAGGAAGGAAGGGAGGGAAGGAGAAAGAGGGAGAGAGAGAGGAGAGAGGGAGGGAGGGAGGGAAGGAGAAGGGGAGUCAGUUGAACCACGCAGCGUGUUUAGUGACAUAGCUGAGUUAUCUUGUAGUGUAAGCUUCUUAUCUCUUUGCCAACUGGUAACAAUUUGAGAAGCAAAAGCCAGUUUGCAGGCUGUACUAUGAGCAUCUCUGCAAUCCAUUUGGGUGCGUAGAAAAUAAGCUGUUACACACCUACCGUAGGAAGAGAAGCUAAGCCUCAGAGAGACUCAGGGUGACCCUGCAUUGGAUUAGGAAUUACAUCAGUGCUCGUCCGGCCCCCAUUAUUUCUCAGGCUGAAUCCCUGAAGGUCCCUCCCAGGCAGGGUAAUUGACAGAGACCUAAGGAACAAAGAAUUGGCUCAAGGGACCAUAGGUUGGCAUUCAGACUAAAUGGCUUAAUGACUUGCUGAAUAGAUUGAUCCUUAGAGGCCAGAAAAACCACUCCAAGUGAGGCAAGAGCAGGCCUGGAAUAUGGAGCUCCUGCCCGGUGGGCGAAGGCCAGGGCUCUUAGCAGCAGUUUAUUAGCUCAGUGACCGCACAGCUGGGCCGCCCGGAAGCUCCCACGGGCUUGCCCCAACAAUAGGAAGGGCAUAGGGUUUGCUUUGGUUGUCAGAAUUUCAAAUCUAAUGACAUGGACAGCAGUCUACACGGCAGGAACACUGCCAGUUGCUAAAGAUGUAUCAAUAUCUAUUCAUGUCUACACUGGGAGGCUAAGAGAGCAAACUCUAAAUCAACAUAUAACUGGAAUAUCACUGGGAAAUCAAAACCCACUUCUCCAACCUCACAUAAAUGCUCACUGUAUUUUCGAUUUUAAAAUUGCAUUUUAGUUACAAAAAUUAAAGACGCAGGAAAAGAUUUCCACUGGAAUAAAUAAAAUCAAACAACUUAAAGAAGUAUACAUAGUGUAAAAAAUUAAUGAACAGAAACCUCAGUUAAAUAGAGCCGGGAGACCAGCAGGGGGAGCUCUCACCCCUGCAUCCAGAGCUGAGCCCAACCAGAAAGAAGAAAGAUUCCCUUCUUUCCUGCUAGGACUCAACCACAGACUCUUUGUUUACUAUUUUUGUUGCCCUCCUAACUUCCUUUCCCUCUAUAAAAUGUUCUCCUUCCCAUGCCAUGUGGAGACUUGCCGGUGGUUCACCAAGGUUGCAGACCCCGAAUUGCGGUUCUCUUCUGAUCCUGAAUAAACCCGUCUUUGCUGGAGAAAUACCAGGCGGUCCUCUUGGUUCAAGUCAACAGCAAAGGGAACAUCUUCCUCCCUCCCAUCUCUAUCCUUCCUCAGAGAACUUAUCUCACUGGAAUUUGGAUACAGAAGUACCCGUUCCUGAAAAUAAAAACUUCCCCCCUGAAAGGGAUGGUGCGACAGGUGGCAAAAUUAACAAGAACCAUUUGGAAAUUCCAGUAGAGCAACUCAUGCUGGAACUUACUUUGUCAGAGCAUGCUCCCAAAACAACACAGAGUAGCACGCAAGGGGUAUUGCGGUUAUGGGGCUGCCCUCUCGGCAGAGGAAGUGCCACGGGAACAGGCGAGAGGCUGGAUUUCAAAAAAUCUUCAAUGGAAACUGGCUGUCAUGUGACCAGUAAUCACAUAAGGUUCUUCGCUGUGAACCACUCACUGACAAGUGCUUCAGUGGACAAGCCAGUUGGCUCCUACCCUGCCCUGCAGACGCCAUUAAGUCACUGCUGGCCUUAUGCUGAUGGAGAUUCUUUUAAGGACAGAAAUGAGCCUCAUAUUAAUUUAUGCUCAACUCUAGGAAACAACAGUGGCGAACUUUUAACUGCGCCAAAUUGGAAUCUGAAGUAUGGAAACAGCAGUGUGGAAGAAAAUUUAACAGAUGAAAGUGAUUUAUCAGAAAAUGAAAAAGCAAACGAUACUUUACUCAGCUAUUUUAAAAAGAUGGACCUGAACUUAAAGCCAGAAACAAUAGAAAAUGUUGAAGACUCUUUCACAGAAGAACCAAGUGAAGUAUUUCCAUAUCCUGAUUUUCUUCCCCCUCCUUUCAAUACCCUGGACUUGCACAAAUUAGCCAUCUCAAAAUCUGAAAAUUGGAAAAUGACAAUGGAGUCCCUAGACAGCUCUCUGGAACAUUUGGUAGCUCGUUGACUGGACAUGGAGAGAUUGCAGCGCGUGACUAUUCAGAGAGAACGGCUGAGACUGCAGACGUCCUUCUGUGCUCCCUUAGCCGCCGAACGACCCGCUUCCUCCAAAGCUGUACCCAAAAUGAGACAGCCCAAACCUUCCGACUCUGUGGGUCUUCAGACAGCUUGUGGGAAAAGUCACGAGGAAAGGAAAACCAAUUCUGGUUCUUGCAAGCUUGAAUACAGUGCUCCCAAGUGGAAUUGCAGCCGUGCUGGGAAAUACAAGUGGAAUUCUAGACCAGCUCUGAAAACCUCACCCACCACAAAACAGGUGAUUGCAGCUUACGACGACUUUAAGAACCCCAAGGUCUCCAUUUUAAACCCAUGCCAAGAACCCUCAGCCAAGCCUGCUCCUGCCCAGACAACUCAGUUGCUGGUUAAAAUGGUCUCAACCAGAUGUCUGCCACCAAAGUCUCCUACACCAGUUUCACCUAUACCUCUGUCUUUUCCUGAAAAUCAGAGGGAAGAAAUUAAGGCACCAACAAGGACCAGAAAGAAACUUCACCGAAAAGACAUGGUACUGAACAGACCAUUCUAUAUUCAGAAGCUAAACUGUUAAUCACCUUCGUUGAUACCUAAGGAUAAGUGCUCACCCAUUGACCAAAAAUAACUUUUCUUUCCUGCAUCUCAACGUGAGCAAGUCUUUUCCAAGAAGCCUGGCUAAAAUAUGGUUCCUCAUUCCGAGAUACAGGUAUUACACACACACACACACACAAUUCCUGAAUGUGCUGUGGAGUGGAACUUGUGACAGUCGCGGCUGAGACGUCUACGUAUAAACCAAGGGCUUCCCUGAUGACAUAUUUGAGUCUCUUGCAUGUUAUCUUUCAAAGGAAUGUUUCACUUAGAAAACCAUUCUAUUCAAGAUGGUUCUUUUGUUGUGAUUGUUUCCCAGUAUAAUUCCAUCAUCAGUAAAUGGCAUAAAACUUAUCGCUGGUACAAUUAUUCUUUUAUUCCGUUCUAUUAAACAAUCAUAAGAGCCAGUGAUUUUUUUUCUGUUUUUAAUUGAAGUAUAGUUGAUUUACAAUGUUGUGUUAGUCUCAAGUGCACAGGAAAGUGAUUCAGUUAUACAUAUAUAUGUAUAUACUUUUUCAGAUUCUUUUCCAUUAUUACAAGAUAUUGAAUAUAGUUCCCUGUGCUAUACAUUAGGUCCUUGUUGUGUAUCUAUUUUAUAUAUAGUAGUGUGUAUCUGUUAAUCCCAAACUCCUAACUUAUCCCUUCCCCUUUG